UUCUACCAUUGCGUCUAUUGUUUUGCUGCGCGCCCGAUUGGAAAGCAGCUUGUUUACGAAAGAUUUAGCAAACCCGAAAUAAAGUGCUUCGCCGUGUUCUCAAGGGCCAAUGCAUGGACGCGCGUACCCGAAUGUAUCGCGUCCUUCCACAAUCGAUUGUACAGAACUGAACUGUAGCUCGUGCGAAGCGUUGUUGUGUAAGCGAACGGGCGGGAGGAGCAAAUCGGGACCGCGAAUGGUGUGGUGGCAAAGGCGAAACACACAGUCGUGCGUGUCACUAUGAGCGAACGGUGGAACAUUGCUAACAGUGCGUUGCGAGGUGGCUUGGGCAUUAACGGCAUGGGCAGUGGAAGUAAUGCUGGUGGCAGCAACGGCGUCGGCAAUGGUGUUGGCAACAGCUUAGGGCAUCAUCCUGGCGUGGGAGUGACGGCGGCAGCAGAUGGCGGCGGUAGCAGCACUGGUGGUGCAGGAGCUGGAAUCAAAGUGGGCAUACACGGAGCGGGAGGUAGCGGCACCAUCACCACCUCCACUACCACCACGUUCAGUGCGGCGAACGGAGAGUCGGGAAUACUGCGCCGUACCGGGCAUUAUCACCACCACGGCGGCACACCGGACAACUUUGACGAUCUGCUAGUGUUCGGGUACUCGUGCAAAGUCUUCCGCGACGACGAGCGAGCACGCUUCAUCGAUCAGGGCCGGCAUCUGAUACCGUGGAUGGGCGACAAUCAGUUGAAGAUAGACAGAUAUGAUGCGCGCGGUGCGUUACACGACCUUGCACCGUACGAACCACCGCCCGGUGGGUAUCAGAAUCGUUUGGAGGGCCUGACUGCCGCCGAGCAGAAAGCGGAACAGCUCUGCGAGGAGGAACGAUACUACAGCCUGUACAAUAAUGAGGUGGAAGAGGAAAUGUAUCAAGAAGAGGCCCGCAAACGGGAGACGAUGUUGGGCAAUCAGGUUCCGUUCAACUAUGACGCUCCCGCACCGCAGGAAGGGGCCACAGUGGCGACGGUUGAAGAACGCACCGGAACCAGUGCCGACGAGCACGAUGACGAUCCGUACCAAGUGCCGAAAGGGUUCGAAAUCCCGCCGGACAUUCCGCUGCCCGAGACAAUGAAAGAGCACGCCAUCAUUGAGAAGACGGCCAAGUUCAUUGCCUCCCAGGACGCGCAGAUGGAGAUACUGCUGAAAACAAAACAGGCCAACAAUCCGUUGUUUGAUUUUCUCAACCAAAGCGGUCGUUUGUUCCGCUACUAUCGCCAUGUGCUGCUGGCCUUCCGAACCAACCAGUAUCCGAUCGCAACCGACCAGCAGGCGGUGGAGCAGAAUGGAAACGAGAAUGGCACCGAUGUAGAGCAGCAGAGCUGUGAAUCAGCUGCACAACUCCUCAACCGGCCAAAAGUAAUUGUGCCAGCAAUCAAGUACAAACCAUCAGUCGAUUGUGCCUAUACGCAACUGAUUAGCAAGAUAACGGGUGCCCCCAUACCGACGAUGGUUGCGGAAGAGGCGAGCAGUACAACGGACGUUGCUUCGGCAGCAGCUCAACCACUCACCGCCCUCAACACCGAAGCCGAAUACUAUACGGAGGGUUCCACGCCUUCCGUAGAGAUCAAGAAAGUAUCAACCGGUUUGGCCGGAUUGGUGCAGUACGAUUCGGAUAGUGGGGACAGCGAGGAGGAUGGAACCAACGACAAAGAGCCGGUAGUCCAGCACCAGCCGGGUAAGCGCGAAAGCCCCAAAAAGGUGAAGGAACUUCCGCCAUUCAAGGGUGUUGUGCCUGCGGUAACAAUUCAGCACGUUAUCGAUCGGACGGCGAUCUACGUGGCCAAGAAUGGGUACAGCUUUGAGGAGGCACUGCGGGCCAAGAACGAUGCACGCUUUGUGUUUCUGAAUCAGGCCCACGAAUACUAUCCGUACUAUGCGUACCGAGUGCGCCAGCGGAUGAAUGCCGGCGAGGCUGGCCUAGGGCUACUGCAGCCUCCAAGUCCCCCACCGGCCAAGGUGCGCAUGGAGACGGAAAAUGGUACAGUGGUAGAAACGACACCGAGCCUAGGGAUCAAGGCAGUUCAUACGGCUGCACCGAAGGCGAUUGCCGCACCGGUCACAAACAUCCAGCACCAGAAGCUGGGGGCGCCGGUUAGUUUUUCACUCGUUUCACGCAAAUCAAAGGAGGACGGAGGAGCAGUCAAAACGAUGCCUGGGCUGGGAAGCGACGAGGAAGAAGACGGUGGCAAGGAGACAAAGCAACAGGAGAUAAAACAUCAGGAGACAAAUAGCAAUGUACAAUCUACAGAAGGGGGUGACAAUGUGGGAAAGGAAUCAACCGCCGGCGACGGGCACGAGAGGAAGGAUAUCGUUAAAUCUCCGAACGUUUUGAAGCAAGAACUCGAAAUCGAUCUGUUAGUGGAUGGAGCAGACGUGCUUGAGGAAGCUGUAGUAGCUUCUUCGGCAAUCGAACGCCUGGAACGGGAACCGGCAGUAGCGAAGGAAAAGCAGGCAGAACGCAAAAAACGUGCCAACAUGUUCCUGAACCUAAUCAAGGCCGUUGGAACGGAAAAGAAGGUCGAGCGGCCUCACCGAGAACCAACCGACAAUGGUGCUUCGGAUGAAAGGCAUUCUCCAAUAGAAUCCUUCACAAAAGAGCUACCGGCCAGUGAUGCAGAGGAAGGAUCAAUUCAUUCCGUACGCUCGACCACCCCAUCGCCGAAGCAAACGGCUCCGAAAACACCGAUCAUAAACUCCAAUCUACCCACGACGGUGAUCGAUGACGACGACGACGAUGAUGUGGUGCUCGUCAGUGAAACACUUCCCAAGCCACGGUCCCGAUCCCGUAACCGAGGCCAUUCCGUGUCUGAUCCAGAACGUUCCAGCAACGGUACCGAUCGGCACACGAAGAAGAAAAAAUCCAAAAGCCGGCACCGUUCAUCGAGGUCGAAGAAGAAAUCGAAAAAGAAAUCUCGCUCCAGAUCACAAUCCCGAUCGGGGUCGGAACGAUCCUGCUCACGGUACUCGCGGGGCCGAAAAAGUACCCGUAGUAAAACCCGUCGCGAUCGCACGAGAUCACGCAGCAACGGAAGCAACAGUACCAGUGACGACACUCGUGUCGAUCGUGCCAAGCGAACGAAAAAAAUCUAAACGUGCUACCCGUAGUCGCUCGAUAUCACGAUUGCGCUCACGGUCCCGUUCGCCUCACAGGCGUUCCUCCCGAUCGCGAUCACGCUCCAAAAGCAAACGAUCGCGAAAACGGAAAGCAUCGGUUGAGAGAAAACAGCAACGGAGGCGUCGUUCGCGCAGCAAGUCCGGGCGGAACAGCGAUAGCGAUGGGGAAUAUCACGCCCGACACCGGGGCCAGCCGAGGCGGACGGAUGCCGCUGUCGGUCGUAGCUACGAGUACGAUGAACGGUAUCCACCGGCAAGGGCAAGAUACUGGGAAUGCUAGGAUGGACGCGGGGAUUGCAGUAACACUGUCCUCUCGAAUAGGUAAAUGGGUGGAAUUGACUCAAAACGAUCUAGUGUGUAAGAUAAGAAAAUAAAGUUGGGCCACCGAUGGUCGACGAUCAAUA